GACGGCGGGCGCGAGUCGGAGCUCGACCACGGCGGCGGGCACUUCAUCAUCCAUACCGCGGCUCCUUCUGCCACGAUGGGCCACGGCAGUGGUAGCGCGGAGAACUUCGACACGGCGGCUUGGGAGGGACAGCUGGGCGCGCAGGGCGGCACUCGCAACCCUUCUGGCAUCGCAGCGGGUGUUAGAGCAGCGGAUGGCGCCACCGAUGGCGCGAUGCAGAUCUUCGUGAAGACGCUGGCGGGCGCGACUAUCACACUGGACGUCAAACCCCAUGACACAGUCGGCACCGUCAAAUCGAAGAUUCUGGAUAGGGAGGGGAUCCCUCCGGACAUACAGCGCUUGAUCUUUGCUGGGAAGCAGAUGGAGGACGAUGAGCAGCUCGACCAUUACCACAUCCAGCGGCACUCUUGCCUUGAACUGGUGCUCCGCCUCCGCGGAGGGAUGCCUGCGGCCUCUUCUUCCAGGGUUCUUCGACGACAGGAUUCGGAAACGUCAAUGGGUUCUCGUUUGAGGCGCGCUGCCAAAGCUCGCGUUGCCGCUGCUGCCAUGACACCGCCAAAGAAAGGGAACGCCAAGACGAAACGUGGAGCAGGUACCAGAACUUUGUUUUCAAUGGGCAUCAAAAAGGUCAAAGUCGAUUCGGAAGGACAGGUGUGGACGCAGGCUGAGCCCCCGCCCCCGCCACCCACCACAGAGUUCAAGUGCGAGUAUUGCGGCAAGAGCGGGUUCACCAACAAGGCGGGCUUCAUGGGGCACGUGUCCACCGUCAUGGGUCACGCACAAGACAGCACUUGGCAUUCCCCCGCGCCUCAACGUUCCCAGGCACGUUGGCGGAUACAUGGAACCACGUGUUCGGCCGGUUUCCACUGA